AUGACAAACUAUCUUCUCUUGAUUCUGUUUUUUAGUUUUGUCAGCAAAGGAUUAUGUGUGUGUGACAAGAACAGUAUAAUUGUGGGAACGGAAAGAUCAGGAAGACUGAUAGGAGGCAAAGAUGAAUGGAAUGUGGAGAUUACAAAUAAUUGCACUUGUUUCCAGAAAUCAAUCACGCUAAAAUGCGAUGGAUUUCAGUCAGUUUCACCGGUAGAUCCUAGACUUUUCAAGAAAGUGGCUGAUCAUUGUCUUUUGAAUCAAGGCCGAGCUCUCCCACCCUUUAAUUCCAUCAAAUUUUCGUAUGCUUGGUACCCUCCUUUUUUCCUUAUCCCACAGUUCUCAAUAGUUCAAUGUUAGAACUAACAGUGGAUGAUCUGCUGAGAUUGUGUAUUACACGUUAUGAGUC